CAAGUUUGACGCUUUCUGUGUAUUGUUUUCCUUGAGUUGUUGGGCAAAUAUUGAGAGCAAAUGUCCGGGCAAGCCGAAGGCACGACUGAAUGGCUAACAAUAUGCUGAAACGACGCUAACACUGACGAAGGUUUGGAGGCAGCGACAGCACUUUUAUUGUGAGCGACAACGUCUGAGACGACGUAGCCACCACCACACCCGUUACCCUGAUGAGCGUGUAGAGGAGCGAACCGCUUCGGCAGCCUGGCGGGCUAUAAAUAUCUCAACGUCUUCAAUGGGUAUCACUUUUCAUUCUCGUAUCCAUACGCCCAAUGGUGUUCAGAGCUCACGUAUUGAGUACAGGCACAAGUUUGUGUACGCUGAGGGGCCCCGAGUAUAUUUAUUGUGAGUCAGCUGAGUUGGACGUCGGGUGGAGAACGACAACACGGCUACACCUACCCUGAAGACUACAUCGGCUACAUGUUCAUCAAUGUGAUUCCUCUCAGAAACUUUACACGGAUGUCGGGGGUAGCUUCGUCUUGGUAUCUACUGGUGAUCCUCGCCGUUGUAGGCGAGGCACUGGGAAGCAACUGUACAUCGCUCGACCCCUGUAGGGCUGACAGGCCGCGGGAUGCCCGGGGGUGCUGCCAGCGCAUGCUUGGGGAGACGUGUGGGUACGUUGAGGGAGAAGAGGACCCCCCGGGAUCUGAGUGUGACAGUGAUCUUGGAUACGAAUGUCUAGGGGGCACCCAAGGAGCUACCCAUGGGAUUUGUCGAGGCUCCUACUCCCUGGCUGUCAGUGACGUCACGAACAAGACAGCUACGUUGACAUGGAACGACUUCAACCCCGACGACUUGGAGUACAAGCUUCUAAUGACCUCAGGCUCCUACAAGCCCAAUCUAACAGACUGGCGACAAUACUGGAUCGGGUCGAGUCCACGGUACGAACUGACCACUCUGGUCCCUGGGACGCAGUACUUCAUGCGUAUUGGUGUGGGGAUCGACCCGCUGACCAACAUCACGGAGGUCAUCGUGUUCCAGACUCGGCCGGUUGAUUUCUGUGUUAAUAACGGCGUUCACUAUGAAGUAGGCCGGACGUUCAGCCACGACUGUGAGGACAACUGCACAUGCUUACCCAACGGGCAUUUCGACUGCACCCCCAUCUGUGAGGAGCCCACACUGCCCGACCCCACACGGUGCCGGCUGGUGGAGGCGGAGGAGGAGGGGUCUUGCUGCAGUGUGACGGUGGUGUGUGCACCAGUGAUGGCGGAUUGUGUGUAUAACGGCACCGGAAGAAACUAUGAACACGGGGAUACAUUCGAGGCAGGAUGUUUAGAAUGCACGUGCGAUAACGGUACAGUUCUGUGUGAUUACCCCGAGUCUUGUGAGAGACCGGAGGGAGCGUCCUGUCCCGACCCCCAGGAGAUCCCAGUGGAAGGGCAGUGCUGUCCCCAGUGGAGAUGCGGCAACUACACCUGCGAGGAUGGCGGCGAGGUCUACAGCAACGGCGCGAUGUGGAGGAGGGAGAGCACGUGCCAAACCUGUAACUGCGAGGAGGGUCAUGUCGCGUGCCACGACCUGUGUGAAGAGCCGACCAGGCCGGAGAACUGCCCCAGGCCACAUCUAACCAAACCCCCGGGCAGCUGCUGUGACGUCAUUGAGUGCUUACCCCCAGAGGGUGAGUGCUACUACGAGAGAGAGGCUUACACACAGGGCAGUUACCUCACCAACGCCAAGUGUGAGCUGUGUGUGUGCACCGACAACAGCACCGUCCUCUGCACCCCCAAGCAGUGCCGCACUGUGGUGGUCCCUCCCCCCAACAUCUUCUGCCCCCACCCACACAUCCGCAAAGAUGGCUGCUGCGAUACGCUGUGGUGUGAGAACCCGGAUCAAGACCUCGUCAGUGUCAUCAAGAAUUUGUUUGGGACAUCGUACAGUCCUCAUUCGGUGACCUUGAGUUUUAUGGAAGACGAAGCCGUUGAGGGGGCCGAUGAAGUUGAAAGUGAGGGGUACACGCGCACCAAAUACCAGCUCCAGUACUCCAGUGACGACAACGCCACGAGCAACGACACCAGCACGUGGCAGAGGAGAACCUUUGACCCCCGGCGCGUGCACAGCGAGGAUGAACCGGUACCCUCCCCGACUCACUUGCUGCAGACGACGGGCGCCAUUCGCGUCGGGCAGCGGGUGUACGUGACGGUCUCGGGGAUGGAGGCAAACACCACCUACUAUCUCAAAGUUCUGGUCAUCAAUUCCGGUUUACAUGACGACAGCGUAGGUGUGACGUCACAACCUCCCCAGUAUGCAGGCGCCCUGGCUGUUCGAACGCUUGCAGAAGAUGCAUCGUCCCCAUGCCCCACAACAUGCCACAGCGAGGAGGUUCUCAUGGUACGGUCCAAGUCCUGUCCCAAACCAGUGCUGACUCGGUCACGUGGUGACUGCUGCCCCAUCUGGCGGUGCUACCCAGAAGAGGGGGGCUGCCAUUACAAGAACCUGAUCCUGAGCAAUGGCGAGCAGAUUAGGGAGAACUGUGAAAGAAAGUGUCUUUGUGAGGAAGGGAAUGUGACGUGCAGCCCGCUUUGUGAAGAGACCGGAAGUACCCCACGACCCGGAUGUAGACUUGAGCGCCUGGCUGACCACUGCUGCCCGUGUGGAUGUGCUCACCCAGAACUAAGGCCGUUGAGACGAUGUCAGUGACCAUUAGUGUGGAAUAUCGAGGACACUGCGAUGGUAAACCAGACACCUUUCAGUCACAGUUCAAACAGGCCAUAAUAAAACUCCUCCAGUCUCAGUCGGUCUGUGAUUCCGGGGAGGGACCGCCGAAGUCUGAAUGCAAGGAUGUGGAG